GCUGCUCUCGCUUUUUUAUGAAGCUGGGACAACCUUAACCAUUCUUCGCCCAACUCCGUUCCUUCGUUGUCUGCAACUGACCCAAGUCAAUCGUUCUGAUCGCCAAGAUCAUAUCACGCCUUUCCGGCCCUUCGUGGCCAUACACUCGUUUUAAUCGCUUUUCUAGUCUCUCGUUAAGUUAUAUGUUCGUUGCAUAAUCCAUAAUGUUUCAAAAAUCAGCCUCCUUUCUCGCCCUUGUGCUUGGCGUCUUAAACCUGUAUACAGUUUCCGCAGCUGUUACUACGGCUCUUGCCCCUAUCCCGAUUUCGAGAGAAGGAUGGCUAGUGACCACGGAUAGCUUUCAGCCUGGCAACCCGGCCACCAAUGCCAUAGAUGAUAACGCGGCCACGUUUUGGCAUACCGCGUACAACCCGGAUGCUCCGCUGCCCCACUGGAUCCUCGUGGACAUGAGAAAUCAGUAUGUCGUCAAUGGGUUCUCAUACACGCCUCGUCAGGAUGGUAAUUCGAAUGGUAACAUCGGUACCCACACGAUCGAGUACAGCUUGGAUGGUAACACUUGGACGACCGCGGCAACGGGCACAUGGGCGAAUGAUCCAAGCGUGAAGACUACUUUGUUCACGCCGGUCAUUGCAAGGUAUAUGCGUUUGACUGCUACCACUGAAGCCUCCAACACUGGAAAACAGUGGUCAAGCGCUGCCGAAAUCAACGUACUCACCAACCCUCAUGCAGCUGUUGCGCGUGCCAAUUGGAAGGUCACCGCCGACAGUCAAGAGACGAGCGUGCAAUCCUGGCCGGCAUCUGCAGCGAUCGAUGGCAGCCCCAAUACUUUCUGGCACAGCCAGUGGGUGAAUGCUCAGCCGCCUCUGCCUCAUUACUUCACGAUCGACCAGGGGACGCCGGUAAAUGUCGGUGGUCUUUCCUAUGUCCCUCGCCCAGCUUCAAGUGGUCCCAACGGCCGCAUUGGCAGCUAUCAAGUGCAGAAGAGUGAUGACGGCAACACAUGGACUACGAUCGCAACUGGCACAUGGGCGGACACUAUGACCCAAAAAUUUGUCGAAUGGACGCCAAUUACUGCACGAUAUUUCAGAUUGGUUGCGCUCACCGAAGCUGGAAACCGUGGUCCCUGGACAAGCGCCGCUGAGAUCAACCUUCUGGACGGUUCAAACAACUUGGCCAACUUCAUCGUUACUGUGGACAGCCAGGAAACUGCGGCCGUCAACAACAGUGCUGUCCUUGCGUUGGACGGCGAUCCUACCACCUUUUGGCACACUGAAUGGAGUCAAUCACAACCAGGAUUUCCACAUACGUUCCAAAUCGAUAUGCAGGCAACUCUCCCCGUCAAGGCCUUGCAAUAUUUGCCACGCCAAGAUGGCAACUUCAACGGCAACAUCGGUCAGUACAGGAUUGAUCUCAGCAGUGACGGAAAUACUUGGACGACUGUAUCGACAGGUCAAUUUGCCGACAACUCACAGGCCAAACUGGUCCAAUUCCAGGAAACCACGUGCAGAUAUGUCCGCUUGACUGCUCUUAGCGAAGCUGGUAACCGUGGCCCAUGGUCUAGUGCCGCUGAAAUCCUAGUCUCCUUCGAUGCUACUUACGUCGCGCCGAACCCGAAAACUUAUGGCCAAUGGGGAAUGACAAUUGACUUUCCCGUUGUCCCUGUCGCCGCUGCUGUGACAUAUGACACUGGUGGAGUUUUGGCCUGGGCUGCCUGGAAUCCUCUUGGCAACGGCUGGGAAAACACCGUUGGCGGCGUGACAGUUACGGCUUUGUACAACCCUUCAACCGGAAUCGUUUCAAAGGCCGCUGUUAGCAACACUCAACAUGACAUGUUUUGUCCCGGUAUCAACAUGGAUCACAACGGCCAAAUCGUCGUUACUGGCGGCAAUGACGCACCUCGCACUUCCAUCUACCAGACUCCCAACGCAGUAUGGUUUGCCGCCCCUAAUAUGCAGCAGCCUCGUGGCUACCAGGCUGCUACGACGCUUUCCAACGGUUGGACCUUUACCAUUGGUGGCUCGUGGUCUGGUGGUAUCUACAAGAAGAACGGAGAAUACUACAAUCCAGCCACCAACACCUGGACCAUGUUGAAUGGUGCUGAUGUCACACCCAUGUUGACUGCCGAUACCGCCGGACUUUUCCGUCAAGACAACCACGCUUGGCUUUUCGCAUGGAAGAACCAGGCAGUCUUUCAAGCCGGUCCAUCGAAGGCCAUGAACUGGUACACGACGACCGGCAACGGCGGUGUGACUUCUGCAGGUACUCGAAGUGAUGCCACGGAUCAGAUGUGUGGCUUUGCAACCAUGUAUGACGCUGUAAACGGCAAAGUCUUGGCUGCUGGUGGUUCUCCCAACUACUCCGGCAGCAUGGCUGUCAACAAUGCGUACAUCAUUACUAUCCCCGGUACAGUUGGUGCCCAGGCUCAGGUACAAAAGGUGGCUCCAAUGUCCUUCAAGCGUAUUUUCGCCAAUGGUGUCGCUCUCCCCAACGGACAAGUUUUCGUCGUCGGCGGCCAGGACUUUGGUUCGCCAUUCAACGAUGAUUCAUCUAUCAUGUACCCAGAGCUGUACACGCCAUCAACCAACACGUGGACAACCAUGGGAGCUAUGGCUGUUCCCCGCAACUACCACAGUAUUGCUUUGCUCAUGCCUGAUGCGACCGUCAUGGUUGGUGGUGGUGGUCUUUGCGACGGCUGUGAUUACAAUCACUAUGAUGGCCAGAUCUGGCAGCCACCUUAUCUGUUCGACAACAAUGGCAACCCUGCAGUCCGUCCGGUUAUCAAAUCUGUUUCCGCAACGACGAUCAAGGUCGGGAAGGCCAUGAGCUUCACCGCCGAUAGCGUCAUCACCUCCAUCGCGCUCGUCCGUCUAGGCUCUGCUACCCACACAGUCAAUACCGAUCAGCGUCGUAUCCCCAUCACACCAGCAUUUACAGGCGUGACGUCCUACUCGUUUACGAUCCCGAGUGAUCCCGGUAUUGCCCUUCCAGGUUAUUGGAUGCUGUUUGCCAUGAACUCGGCGGGCGUGCCCAGCUUGUCCAAGACGAUCAAGAUUACGUUGUAAUUGACGACCAGCAAUCAUUAAUCAGAAAGAAAGUAAUUCAGCUCAUUCGCUUCUCAUUGCUAAAUUAUAAUAUUUAAUGCUGGCCUGCGCUACACUAGAAUGCUUGGCCAUUUGGAAAAACUUUUUGCAUCGUUGACAGCGAAUAUCGAAAGAAAAUAGUGAUGCUGGCCUUGAAACAUGAGAUUUGGCAUGCAGAACGCGGUAACGAACAUUGGACUGUAGAUGCUCAGGGGAAUUUCUUGGGCGUGGCUGUAAGUGUGCAUGUACUUAGUCGAAAUAGCGGCGGUUAGCUCACUGCCAAAGCCGCCGUCUAAAUCCUCAUCUUUUGCACUAGAUGAAAUGACCAUUUCCCAAGCCCUAUGAGGAUACGCGUCGUAGCUGCCGCGAGGCGUUUUCGAUAGUUACGGCCCGAAAAAUGCGCUUUGAUUUCGCGUACGCAUAUUCCCGAAGUGCCAAGGCGGGCUGUGCGAAGUCCCGCUCAUGUUGGCUUUAUUGUGCGUACACCUCAAGACCUUCAGCUCUUUGCCGUCCUGCAGCAUGGCACUAUUUUCUAGCUCGUUCAUGAGAAGCGAAGGCCACAUUUCUGUAGACUCGAGCUUCACGUCUUAUUUCGCAGCAAAAUUGUACGAGAGAGCAGUCAUUCGAUCGUUUCGUAGGAGGUAUAAGAUCUAUCAAAAUGCGACCCGUUUCGAGUAUUUUCUUUGUGCUACCCCUAAGAUCAAGGCUGUCCGAACAGCGGAACCUAUGAACGAAGGAGUCUUUGCUCAUCUUAACAGUACCAAUCUACAAAGUCUUCAUUCCGUAGCAUGGUCUAGCAGCUGCCAUUGUCCACAUAAGAAAGCAUUGAAUUGAACUUUGAUUCUGCUGAUAUGAAAAGCAGUUGAGAAUUGUGCGAGAUGACAUUAAAGUUCUGCGCAAAUUUUAUCGGGAUCACACCAGCGCACUAAUUUUGACCUGGGAUACGGGAUCGGAAAGCAAUCUCUUGACCUUGAUACCAGGCGGGUUCGAGAAAGAGAUCGAGGGUGGAUGAUCGACCAAGAGCCGAAGAGGGUCGUCAUGAGGACGGGAGGAUAUGAACUUUGUGAUGUGGACCGGCCAAUCAUAGGUCAGCAUCAG